AGGCCAAAGAAGACCAGGUUCUUGUGUUCUUCUCGUGGCAGCAAGAACUCUCUUCUCUCCACCAGAAAUGAAGGAGAAUUUCCUGGUUUUUGUCUUCCUAUAGCUGCAACAAAUCCCCCCUCUUUUCUGUUUUUUUAUAUUUUCUUUUAUCAUUUUGUAUAAACAAAUCUUCCUAUAUUGCAGCAAGAACAAUAAAAGAGAGAAAGAAACAAGAGAGGUCGGAAAGGAGAGAAAGACAAGAGACAAAAAGUUUCAAUAAUAGCAGCUCUUUUUUAUCUUUUUCUUCCUUCAAUGUCAAAUAUCACAGGCGGUGAUGGUGGGAGCUUCUCUUCAGGCAAUACUGGUGGAGAAGAAGUUCACCAACAACGACAAGAGCUGCUGAAUCACUUCAACAACAGCAGCAAUGGUUCCACCACUAAACAGCAGCAGCCUCCUCCUGUCAAGAAGAAAAGAAACCAGCCAGGAACACCAGACCCAGCUGCUGAAGUCAUUGCUCUAUCACCAACCACCCUCAUGGCUACAAACCGAUUUGUAUGCGAAAUCUGCAAAAAGGGAUUCCAAAGGGACCAAAACCUGCAACUCCAUCGACGAGGCCAUAAUCUGCCAUGGAAGCUUAAGCAAAGAACAAGCACAGAAAUCAGGAAGCGGGUCUAUGUUUGCCCCGAACCGUCAUGCGUCCAUCACAACCCGGCUCGCGCAUUAGGCGAUCUUACGGGCAUUAAGAAGCAUUUUUGCAGAAAACAUGGGGAGAAGAAAUGGAAAUGUGAGAAAUGCUCCAAGAAGUACGCGGUCCAAUCCGAUUGGAAAGCUCAUUUGAAGACCUGUGGCACAAGAGAAUACAAGUGCGACUGUGGCACCAUCUUCUCCAGGAGAGAUAGCUUCAUUACUCACAGAGCCUUCUGCGAUGCCCUAUCUGAUGAAAACAACAAAGCAAAGCAAGGAUUAUUGUCAACCAUGGGCGCAAGCUUACAAGGCCAAGCUGUCUCCGACCUCAUCUCCUCAAUACCCAUCAACAACAACAAUCCAAGAUCAUCAAGUGGGUUAACAUCAGGAUUCGACCAAACUGAUCAUCAUCAUCAACAUCAUCAUCAUGAUGCUAAAGCCCCACUAUCAUUGCCCCCAAAACCCUUGAACAAUAUGACUGCAGGAAAUCUCUUCGGCAACAAUCCAAGAAGCCUCUCUUCUCCCUCCCCUCAUUCCCUCCAACCCGGCAUGAAUUCUUCAUCCAUUUUCGAAGGAAAUGGACACCUAUUCCCCGGCUCCGCCCUCAUGUCUGCCACAGCUUUGUUGCAGAAGGCGGCUCAAAUGGGCGCAACAGCAAGUGCUAGCGGCAUGAACUGUCAAUUGAUGCAGAACAACUUUGUAAUUACAAGCAUGGCGCCGCCAUCAUUCGGUGCAAUGCAGCCGCCCCAAAUGAAUGACCAAUCCUUUGCAAACCAGUUCAUCGACCAAAAAGGCGGCCAACACGAAAUUUUGCCGCAGUUUCUGAAUACGAACGGGGUGCUCGAUAACUUGGGACUUAGCAAUAUGGCAAUGUUGAACGGUCUACUUGAUCAGAACAAUGCACUGCUGAAGAACAUGAAGCAUGACAGUAGCAUUAACGGUAAUGUUAACGUAUUGCAUGGUGGGAAUUCAAAUGGAACAACGGUAAGUAGGGAUAUGACGACUCUGGAUUUCUUGGGGCUGGGCGGAGGAGCAUUGAGGAGUGGGAAUUCUUAUGAAAAACAGCAACAAAAGCAAAAAGAUCAAAUGGGGUUUGAAGGAAUUGGGCAAAGAAUUCAGGGGUUGAGUCACUUUCAGCAACAAGCAUUAAUGGAAAAAUCCAUAUGGAAGGUUUGAGAUUUGAGAGUACAACAUUGUUUUUUCUCCAAUCUCUUCAAACACCGGUCCACUUCCCAGAAAAAUACUUAAUUCCUAGUCCUUGAUGUAAUGAAUUUUUCCCCUCUAUAUUUUCUUACCUUUAUAUUUUUUGUCCCAACUGACAAUAUUAGUCGUGAAAGAUUAAUUAAAAGUGCCUUGCUAAAGAGUACUGGGGCAUAUUGAAUUGAA